GCAUCAGUUCCACUUCAAUCAGCAACAGCCUACCUAGUUGGUUACUUAGCUGAACCGCUGACAACUCUGUUCAUAGCCAGCGCCUAACGAGCUUUUGCUGCUUUUUCUCACUUGUGCUCUUCCGUUAAAAGCCAUCAGUAUGAUGCGUGUGUGCGCGGCGCUGAGUGUGGCCCUGCUGGCGGUCGUGCCGUCGCUCCUGGUGGCAGCGCCCGUGUCCGACUGUCCCCGAAACUCGGACCCCGACCAGCCCGUGUUCGUGGCCAGCGACCAGAGCUGCUCACAGUUCUACCUGUGCUCCAACGGACGGCCCAUCCUGCUCACCUGUCCCGACGGGCUCUACUUCAACGAGGACACGGACCAGUGCGACUACAGGUUCAACGUUAACUGCACGGAGCCGGCCACCACCACCACCGAGGUACCGACCACCGAGGGACCCCUGCCGACCACCAAGGAACCCGUCUCGACCACCGAGGGACCCGUACCGACCAAUGGAACCACCAAGGCACACGUACCAACCACCGAGGCACCCGUCCCGACCAACUUUACCACUGAAGGACACGUCUCAACCACCGAGGCACCCGUCCCGACCAACGUGACCACCGAGGCACCCGUACCGACCAACGUGACCACUGCAGUGCCUAUCUCGACUACCGAUAACACUGCAACUACUCAAUUUUAGUUAAGAUAUUGCUACAGCCUUACGCCAUUUGAUAUUAUCUGGACGUGUUUUUUUUUUCUUUGUUUGUUUAGUAAAUGACAGCUUGUCGCGAUGCAUAAAAUGUCAUUAUUCCUCAAGAAUAACAGGCACUGACGGGCUGUUUUUAAUGUGAAUGCUGCAGCUGACCUAAUGCAUUAUUUUGAUAUAUUAGCUGUUUGUUACACUAUCCUAUUUGCAUGAAUAUAUGUAAAUACAUCUGU